AGCAGCACACUCUCUACGAGCGAAGUCUCCGGCCAAGAAGCCAGGCACGGUGGACAUUCAAGAAUCGGAAUGGGAUUGCAUGGCUCUAAAUAAAGAGAACAAGGAUAUUUUGGUGGUGAAAGAACCAACGCAAUGCAUAUCAAUGGUGGUCCAUGCAUCCAGACGGUGGUAUGGUCCACCGAACUGGACAUAACAGCUAAUUAAAGGCCCCGAUGCCUAGCUCCCAAGACAAGACUGUGCAGACUUCAUCUCUAGAGAGUGACCUUCAGCCUGAUGGAAAAGGAAAGGGGCCGAUCGGCCAAUGGAAUCGCAGGAACGCCGCCUCACAGCUACAUCAGCAGAGCCCUUAUUUCAUGGUGAGCCCUCCGGCCGCUCUCGGCUCCUCAUCAUACCUGCGGACUCUGCUACAUGAAAACAAGCAAGCCGUGGUCAUCCAUCCGAUCACCAGAGACUCCUAUUCUCAAUCUCCAGCCCUACAUCUGACAUCAUCUACUUCACCUUCAUUACCGUCAUCAUCAUUGCCAUCACCAUCAUCAUCAUUACCAACCUCGCAGCCUUCAAGAUAUUUUCACGUAAUGAACAAAGACAAACAGGUGCUCCCCGUGCCUCCAGGAUUCAAUCUUGCCAGUCUGGGCUGGGUCCAACAUGAAUCAGGUUUUGGAAAAGGCGAAGAAGAUUCAGUUAACAAGAAAAGUAGAGCGUCCGCCUAUGUCCAAAAGAAAUCCUUCAAUGAUGGUCCGAACAAGGACAGCACUGAACUCCUCUAUUCCAUUCACUAUGGUGGUGCCUGCAAGUUUCCACGGUGUGAGAAGACCUUCACAGAUCACUGGCAUUUUCUUAGACAUCUGUACAGUGACCAUCACUUGGACAACACAAGCACAGUGCAAUGCCUUCUCCAGGCGGAGGUGAUUCACAGUCUACAGGAGCGGCUUGCCGUUGAGAAACAGAGACUUCUCGAGAUGCAAAGCUUGAUGACGGGAAAACUCAGCACAGUUCAUGCGUCUAAGGCAAGAGAACGAGACCUACCCCUCCAACCAUCCCAGCAUGAUGGCGUCUCCCCUGGGCCUGGAGUCUCUGUUCCACUGCAGAAGGAUUUCUCUGACACCGUCCUGGCCUUAAGAAGACAGAUCUGGGACGGCGCCAGCUUCAGUAUAUUCGAGAACAUGACGACCUGCAUUGAAUAUUACAAGACCAACAAUGUGAGGCCGCCAUUAACAUACGCUUCCCUUAUUCGAUGGGCAAUUCUGGAGUCACCACAGAAGCAGCUGGCUUUAAAUGAAAUCUAUCACUGGUUUACCAAAAUGUUUGCUUUCUUCAGACUUAACAAGGUCACUUGGAAGAAUGCAGUGCGCCACAACCUGAGCCUCCACAAAUGUUUUGUACGGGUGGAGAACAUCAAGGGGGCCGUGUGGAUGGUGGACGAGCUGGAGUUCCAGCGGAAGAAGGGAGUGCGGAGCUGUCGCUGACCGGUCCACCCUUCUAGGCCCGUACAGGGGACUCCUUGUAUACAGGCAGUCCUCCCUCAUAUUAAUUGUAACCCCCCCCCCCCCCCCGACAAUAAAACCUGA